AUGAAAUCUUCAUUGCAUCGCCCGGGAGAUCUCUCUCUCCGUGGGCAGCUUGAGGAUUCAGCCCUCUUUGCUCUCAAAGUUGCCAGAUCCCCUCAGCUCUACCUAGAUGCUUCUCGCACAUAUUUCUUCUCCAUCACUUUUAUUUCUCUCAUAUUAUCGAAAUCCUUCCAUAUCUGCGUGCAUCUCACGUCGCUAGCGGUCCCAUCCCUCCUUCCGUGGGGCCCGACUUUUUUCCUGGUGGAUAUUCUGCUUAUUCUGGUCGCGUGCUACCUGACACGUUCCUUCGAAUCGCGGAUCGGUCAGAAUGUAGCCGCCGUUGUGACUCUUUUAUUCAGUCUAUACAUUUCGUCGAUGACGUCCGCAAAUAUCUCCUUCUAUGUCCAUACAGGCGCGGAGAUCCCCUGGCGGAAACCGGAAAGUUCCCAUGAGGACAAUCGCACUACCGCUACCCAGACUGUUCUGUCCAUGUUGACAGUCGCUUUCUUCGUCGACAUAUUGAUUAUGGUCAGCGCGUACUUCGCUACCCCAUGUCUGUUCCGAGCCACCGAAGCUUUCCUGGAGAUUUGGGGUUCGCUUUUGCUCUCCCCUUUCCGCCGAUGUCUUCGACGGAAAGCCUCGGUAGAUCCAGAGACCUAUCAGCAGAUUGAAAUUGAAGACUAUGACGAGGGCAACAAUGACAGUGACUCCGUGUCGCAAUUGGAUGUACCUCAAAAGCAACCCGUGCAGAGGAAGAGCCGAUCAUUGCUGAAGCGCAUUAUCGCUAUAUCGUGCGGCGUGAUCAUAGUACUGCUUAGUUGCAUUCGUCCACGCGGUGCGGAUUACAGCUAUCUUUCCAAGUCUUUGUCUCUCGCGCCGUUCGGUAGCCACGAAUAUGCGCCGGCCCAGGAACGUCCCACGUCGGCGAGCGGAAGUACCUCGAAAAGUGCACCAUCAAGCGCUCCAUCACAUACUCCAGCAGGCGCCCCAGCAAGCGCUCCGUCAAGUGCUCCUCCAUCGAAUGUUCCAUCAAGUGCUCCAACAAGUGGCGCUAACGAAAAUUCUACCUCGUUGCCGGCUGAUUUCAGCUGGCUUGAAGGCCACACCGCUCUGGACUCCUUUCCCACAUUUGACUGGUUACCUUCGUACAAUUCGUCAGAUGGCUUCCCGGAUUGGUCUCCCUUCCGUAUCAAUAAGCAUGGCAAGUCUGACUAUGUGUAUGAACACUAUAACCCGCUGAAAGAUCCUCUGCACACGCCAAACCUCCAGAACGAUAUUUUGGAGCCUAUGCGUGAACUUCUCCACGACGGAAGUGUGAAGAUUAAGCAUGUCAUUCUCAUUAAGCUUGAAAGCACUCGACAAGACGUGUGGCCUUUCCGCUCAAACUCUUACAUCAUGAAGCACAUCAAUGACUCUUACCCGGACGGUAUCCCUGAUGAGGUCCAAGAUAGGCUCACUAAGCUCACCCCUACUGCCGAGCGUUUAACUGGAUUUGAGACUGGGUUCCGUAAGGACGGGGAUCAUUCUCCCAAGCCCUAUGGUGGUUUCAGUGCGAGGAACGCUUACACGUCCGGGACCUACACACUGAAGAGUAUUACUGGCACCGUGUGUGGAGUGAAUCCUAUGGCUGUCGAGGCUAACCUCGAAUACCUACACGAUAUUUACCAGCCUUGCUUGCCGCACAUACUCGAGGCGUUGAACCAGCAGCCAAACAUCAGUACUCAGGCAGAGACCAAUACGCAGACAGAUGACUGGACUUCCUGGCCGUGGCACACUAUGUGGAUGCAGUCACACCCCGACGACUGGGAUAAACAUUACAUGCUUCAUCCUGCUCUGGGCUACAAAGAUAUCAUGGCAAAGCGAACAAUCGAUGCAGAUGGUAAAAAAUACAUCCCAGAAGAGACAGAAGAGGAAGAGGAACAUGGCCACGAGGAUAAGUUACUGAAAAAUUAUCUGCGGGAUGUCAUCGACGAUGCUAAGAAGAACAACACUCGUCUCUUCCUUAGCCAUCUAACACAUAAUACACACACUCCGUAUUAUAAACCUGGUGAUUAUAAGGAGAUGAUGGGAGAUUUGUCGAAUGACCGGAACGAGAAGUUGAACCGAUACCUAAACACUAUGGCCUACCAGGACGAGUGGAUAUCCGAUAUCCUAGAGCUUCUUGAUGAUGCCGGUAUCGCCGAUGAGACCCUUCUUGUGAUGACUGGUGACCACGGUCUAUCACUUCCAAAUGACGGUGGAAUAACUGCCUGGCAUUCCCCUCACGUUGGUAAUUUCCACGUGCCGCUAUUUUUCUCGCAUCCUAAGCUGCCCCAGCUGGAAAUUAAUAAUGCUGUCCUCUCCACCCAAAUUCUCCCCACGAUCCUCGAUCUUCUCGUCGAAACAUCCUCAAUUGACGAGGACUCGACUAAGAUCAUCAAAGAUCUGCUCCCAAUGUACGAGGGCCAAUCGAUGAUCCGCACACUCAUCCCCGAGCACAACGGCAAGCAAGAAUGGCAUUUCUCCACGAUGAACCCUGGCGGAACGUGGUUCACUAUGCGAGCGGCGGCACAGCCCUACCGCUUGGUCGUGCCUCUUAAGCCCGACGCUAAGUGGCGGUUCACCGAUGUCGUGGCCGAUCCAUUCGAGCUCAAACCCCAGGAAGACCUCCAACUCUUAUUCCUGGUCGACGCUGUGCUAAAGGAGCACGGCCCCGAGGCCGUGAAAUGGCUCAGCGAGGCGGCCCAUGUCGCGAAGUGGUGGCUCGGGGAGAACCACCGCCGCUGGAAAUAUGAUCCUAAGAACCCGGAGAACAAUUGA